UUUUUUUUUUAAUCACACGAAAGGUUCAAUUUCGGGGGGUUCCUCCAAGCAAUUGAUGUUCCAAUUGUGGUCGCUUUUCUCCAUGAUUUUGAAUCAGGGUCGCAAUUAGCAAUUCUUUGUGGUGAAAAGCUCUGCUUGCUUGUCUCCUCUUUUUCUCCUCUUUCUCCAACACGACACCUCAGCCCUUCCCUUUUCAACCACCACAUCGUUCUUCUUCCUUUCUCUCUUCCUCCUCCUCCUCCUCCUCCUCCCACCACCCGUGUGAAUAUAUACGACUUUUUUUUUUUUUUAUUAUUUUUAAUAAUUCUCACGGAUAAAUAUUACACCCACACCAUGGACGAUGGAUUCUCCGACGUAUCCGAGCUGAGCUCGCCGCCAGCUUCACCGACACCACCGCCGGGGUUUUAUCCGUCGCCGCCUCCGUCACAGGAAGCAGACGAGUCAAGCGGCACCCGCAACAGCAGCCAAGACCGAGAUGACUUGCCGCCCGCUAGAAAAAAAAGACGGGUCGCCGCCCCCAAAGAACGCCAAACACAACGUCUGGAUCUCUCCAGCAGCGCUGGACUUUCCUAUACUGAACAGCAGGCGCAGAUCGAUCUGCUAACGAAAACCAUUCGUCGGCACCGCAAAAUUGUCGUCAUCGCUGGAGCGGGCAUCUCCACCUCGGCCGGCAUUCCCGACUUUCGCUCCACGGAUGGACUCUUUAAAUCUCUACAGAAAAAACACAACCUCAAAGCGUCGGGGAAACUCCUCUUUGAUGCUGCCGUCUAUCAAGAUGAAACACUAACCGCCUCCUUUCAAGACAUGGUGCGGUCGCUGUCCGAAGAGGCUGCCAAGACCUCCCCAACGGCUUUUCACCACAUGCUGGCUCGGCUGAGCCAAGAAAAUCGUCUGACCCGCCUGUACACCCAGAACAUCGAUGGCAUUGAGACUUCGAUGCCUCCCUUGGCCACUCAGAUCCCAUUGAAUGUGAAGGCCCCAUGGCCGCGCACCAUCCAGCUGCACGGAAGCCUGGAGAAGAUGGUGUGCCAGAAAUGCCGUCAUCUCGGUGACUUCGAUGGUGCCAUGUUUGACCGUCCAGAUGCUCCGGAAUGUCCAGAAUGCGCAAGGAACAACCAGUUCCGCAUCGAGACGGGGCAGCGCAGUCAUGGCAUCGGUAAAAUGCGGCCCCGGAUCGUGCUCUACAACGAACAUAACCCGGAUGAGGAAGCCAUUACUUCGGUCAUGAAUGCUGAUGUACGUUCGCGCCCAGACGCGCUGAUCGUGGUGGGCACUAGCCUAAAAAUUCCCGGUGUGCGGCGCCUGGUGAAGAGCCUUUGUUCCGUCAUCCGGAGUCGGCGAAACGGGGUGACCAUGUGGAUCAACAAUGAACCCCCGGCCGGUAAAGAGUUUGAAGAUUGCUGGGACUUGAUGGUCAAGGGGGAUUGUGAGGAAGUAGCGCGGCUGGCCGCCCUGAAACAGUGGGAUGAUCACUCCGAGAAUGUCUUCGAUGAAUGCAAUGCAUCUGAGGUGGAGCGCGUAAAGCACGAGCAUGGAGUGUCGAUUGUCAUCGAAACGCCGAAGAAGAAACAAAAGACCCAAACGGGCUUCCUCACGCCUUCCUCCAGUCACGACGAGGAGACUUCACAAGUACCGAAGAAGGGCGCGGCCAGAUCUCGGUCCAAUCCCGCCAGUCGCGGGCGCAGUCUCCAGGAAGUGCUCAAGGCGUCGAAGACCGCAGAGCCCAAGAAGCCAGCGGCAAAGAAGAGUGCCCCUCGCAAGAAGACCAAGAAAGACGAGUCGGCCAAGAAUUCCCGGAUUACCACCUUCAGCAAGGUGACCAAGGCGCAGAAGGUCGCGACCGACUCGGAAAAGGCGGUCAAGCUGGAGAAAGAGGAAAACAAGCCAAUGCACCCACUGCCCCCGGGCGCGGCUCGCAACAAUGGCCCAAUGCUUCCUCAGGUGGCUCAGAAGGGAGAAGAGACCCCCCAACGCAGCAGUCGUUGGCGCCAACCGGACACGAUUUCCCCCAAAUCUGUUCCGAAUGGGAUGAGCCAGUUGUUAAAUCAGCCGGCCGCAUGACUGCAUGGCACUUGUCGCAUGUCAUUUUUAGUCUAUCUUCUUCUAUUCUUCGUCAUUCUUAUUUUUCUGUUUAUUUUACCUUAGGACCGUCUGUUGAACUGUCAAGAUACCAGGAUAGACUAUGCAUAUGUUGCAAUGGCGUUUGGUGGGCAAUGGGUAUGGAAGAGAAACAGCAUGAAGCGAUGCCUCCCGCUGCUUCCACUGGGGUGCUGUACUAUGAAUGGUGGUUCAGACGAUGCGCGUCUGCUUCUGUAUAAUUUAUGGGAUGAUGAUCAUGUAUCUGGUCCUUCGGGUCGGCGUUUGGGUUGUUGUCGGUUGUGGAGUUUGGUAUACAUUGGUCGCAUUAUCUAUCAUCCAUACCAUAUGCUUGGAAAUGAAUCGGCAUUCUUGCACAUCUCAAUAAUUACCAUC